GGGGACUUCCGGUUUUUGCCAGGACUUCUGUGAGCAACCCUGUAGGUGGACAGAGAUGGCCUCGGAAGUUCAGGAAGAAAUCCCUGUGCAUGAGGAGUUCUUUCUCUGUGGUGGAGUUGAAACCCAGAUAUUAAAAUGUGGGCCCUGGACUAAUCUCUUUGAUACACAAAGUGUCGCCAGGCCAAAACUGCUUAUUUUCAUUAUUCCAGGUAACCCAGGCUUUUCUCCCUUUUACUUGCCAUUUGCGAAGACCUUAUACUCUUUGACAAAAGGCAGCUUUCCGGUGUGGAUAAUCUCUCAUGCUGGGUUUGCCUUGGUUCCCAAAGAUAAGAAGAUUCUUACAGCACCAGAUGAGCCAAAUGCUCAAGAAAUUGAGGACAUCUAUGGUCUGAAUGGUCAAAUAGAACACAAAAUCGCCUUUCUGAGAGCUCACGUGCCGAAGGAUGUGAAGAUUAUACUCAUUGGCCAUUCCAUAGGCAGCUUCAUUUCUCUUCGGAUCAUGAAGCAUGCUCCUGAGCUGCCUGUCAUCCACACCUUCCUGCUCUUUCCCACUAUUGAGCGGAUGUCCGAGACACCCAAUGGCAGGAUCGCUACUCCACUUUUGUGCUGGUUUCGAUACGCACUGUAUGCUACCAGCUACUUAGUGCUUAAACCGUGUCCUGAAAUAAUAAGGUCCUUCAUAACCAGAAAAGUCCUGGAAAGACUGAGCUUUACUGAUGAAAUUCCUUUGAAGAACCUUCUUCAACCAUUCUGCCUGGCUAAUGCUGCCUACCUCGGGAGCCAGGAAAUGAUACACGUGAGGAAGAGAGAUGAUGAAAUCAUAAAGGAACAUUUACCUAAGCUGACAUUUUACUAUGGUAAAACAGAUGACUGGUGUCCAGUAAAGUACUAUGAAGACAUGAAGAAAGAUUUUCCAGAAGGCGAUAUCCGACUCUGUGAGAAAGGAAUCACCCAUGCUUUUGUCCUCGGGUUCAGCCAGGAGGUGGCUGCCAUAGUUGCUGACUGGAUGAAUCAUAAACUGCCCAAAAUAUAAAAACUGACCGUGGGAAAAUGCACCUACAGCUGAUUCAUGGGAGCUGUAGGUGUGUUCUGAUUACUGGUGAAUGUCUAAUCUUAACGCUUGAAAAGGAACAUGAGACCCUGCUGGCUUACAGUCUUACCCGCUCCCUGUGCUAAAAGUGAACACAGUUGAUGACUCAUUCCACAUGUUCCCUGACUCAGGAAACACAGAGAUCCCCACAAAGAUUCCUCUUUUUACAAGAAGCCCAACAGCACGGUACAGUGCAGUUUGCCCAACAGGAUCCUGACAAGCCCAAGACAAUCUAAAUAUAGGUGAUUCCAAGUGAAUCGUUAGAGUCGAUUGUCCUGGAUGAAAUUAUGAAACUCUUACUAGAGAAUGAAAACCCACCCAUGAGUGUGAAGUGUGCAGUCAGGUGUGUAAAAUGUGUAAGACUGAGAAGAGCACCCCUGCUCUUCCUGCUGCAGGGAGGAAUGAGCAGGGACGCUGGCAGUAAGCUUGGUUUCCCUUCAGGGAUGGAGGAAAGCACGUCAGACGUUGUACGGGUCUUGGCUGAGGUCACCAGCAUGUCUUCUUCCUGCUGCAGUAAACCGAGAAUCAGGGUUGCCUGACAUUUGUCAACUAACCAGACAGAGUUGCUGAAGGAUCCUGACUCUGACCUGCCACAGGAUGGCCAGAUGGCAGCAGGCUCCAAUGAGCCCUAAAAUGCCAGGCCCCUGCAGGCUCCUCUAGAGAAGAAGGGAGGGAUGGACUGUCCACAUCUGGUGUGUAUGGCCGUGGAGUGGCUCAUCGCUGUGGUUCCUCCAGUGAAGCUCCAUGCACAGGAAGCUGUGAACUGAUGCCUUUCAUGAUGCCGUUCGCUACCCUACAAUUCUUCCCUUCUGAAAAUCUAGAACAUACUUUUUGGGAAGAUGUUUUAAAUUGUUGAGUAAAACAUUAGCAUAAAUUUAUUUCCCAUUUGCCUAAAUUUUAUUAUGGAAAGAUACUAUUUUGCAAAUGAACAGAAGUAACCCAUUAAAUUUUGUAUUACUGCACCUCUGAAAGUGUAUUCGUGACUGAGAAGUGGAAGGCCAGCUAAGCUGCCUUUCCUUAAUUGACUCUAUUCUAAUGUCCCAGAGUCCAGUAAACCCCACUGUCUGUAGCGACAGCUGAUGCCCAAUGGAAACAUUCCAUUUUCUUCUAGAGAAAAGCUCCCAUAGCUGUGUCAUUCCUCAGGGGCAGUGAGAUGGUCCUUCCUCUCACAAACCUAAGAUGCUGAUGGAAGAUUUGGUUGUGAUGUGCCUCCAGCUCACUGGUGAGUGAAGAAAGUUCUCAGCCUCUGCAUGGCUUCUGCAUCAGAGCUCUAACUUCUCAGAGGGGAAAAGCCAAACUCCAGACAAGGAGGGCUCUUAGACCAUGGAGAAGACUGUUAGCUACACAGUAAGGGUUGGUGCUACACACAAGUCCUCACUGGCAUCUGCACACCGAGGCCUUCUGGAGAGCUGACUGGGAAGCCAGGAUUCUUGCUCUGAGUACCUUGCUUAUAGGACAGGUCCCAUCAAUGGUGGAAAAUCAAUGCAUAGAAACAAGUGCUGGUAAGUCAGACCUACUGGAACAAAAUAGCUUUCAUUGAUUGCUUCCAGAAAUUACUCUGUGUUUUCCAAACUCUACUUAAAAGACCCUGGUGCUUCAUUCCCUUUCCCCAUCUAAUCACCUAAUGAUAUUUAUAAUAAAUGUUUUACAUGCAUUUCC